GACGCCAUAUAUAAAUAUAACACAGUAUUAUUCAACCAGCUAAAGCAAGUUAUCAUCAUCACUCGAUGGCGAAUCAUGGCGGCAAACUCCUUGAAGUCACUGUGGUUGGGUGCAAUAAACUGAAAGACACAACAUGGUUUUCAAGGCAAGAUCCUUAUGUUUGUGUUGAAUACGGCAGUACAAGAAAUCGAACUCGUGUUUGUACAGAUGGAGGCAAGAACCCUACAUUCCAAGAGAAGUUCGUAUACAACAUAUUUGAAGGAUUAAAAGAGUUAAACGUUAUUGUUUGGAACAGCAAUAUCAUCUCACGUGACGACUUUAUUGGUGGUGCAAGGGUGAACUUAGCUAAGAUUCUUUCCCAAGGAUACGAUGAUAGCUCCUGGCCAUUGCAGACCAAAAAUGGCAGGUUUGACUUGUGAAUUGCAUGUAAAUCUAUAACUUUAGUUGUAUCAUUAGUGUUUUAAGACAGUUCGAUACCUUUGUGAGCGAACUACUUGCAAGAAUGACAAUGUUUUAGAGUUUGCUGGUGUAGUUCUCGGAGGGGGGAUCGCACCUAUCUCAAUAAAGUAUAUGAUUGGUUUGAA